CACUGACAUUUUAACGCUGCUACAUGAUUUACAAAAACUCGCCUGAUUUUCAUAAAUUCCCCUCAUGAGAAAAUGCUAAAACUUAAAGCGCAGGACUAACUUUACAAAUAAAAUCUUUUUUUUUUUUAAAGGUCAAAAUAGUAGUUUUCGCAGAAUGACAGCACAUGCAGUGGGGAACACGUCUCAUUUAUAUCCGCGGCACAGAUUUAACAGAAUGUAAAUUGACUCCUUUAUAACAUAUGACCCCCCUCACAUUCAAUCUGUGAAAAAAAAAAUAUAUAUUUUGGCGUUAUCAACAAAUUAUAAAUGAGAAUCUUAGGAUAAACAACUGGCGUCAUAUUAAUCCGCGAGACACUCGGUGGUUUCAUCCUCUGAGAGCAAUAGUCCUCCGGUUCGCACCAUUAUUUGACAAAACACUUAAAAGAUGAAGCGAGAUGGUCGAUAUUCAUGUUCUGUAAAUAAAACAUCAUUUAUAAAAUAAAUCGAGAUACAUUAUAAAACAGAUUAAGGGUUUCUCCCUUUCGUCUGUUCCCCCUGACGCAUAAAUGAGUUCCGGCCAGCUUUGAGGACAGGAAGCGGGGAGACGCUGAUGGCGCCCGACUAGAAACAAGACCAACUAUUCGCUUUCAAAUAUCUAUUUUAUUUCGCCUCAUUCGCGUGCGUAAAGAGCGAAACAGUCGUCCAUUCAAGAGCAGAGAUGGACUCUGAGGAGAUGGAGGUGGAGAGCAGCAGCGAUGUGGGGCAUUCUGGGAUGGAGGAGCCGUCGGAGAGCGGCAUAGGCAUGGAGUCUUCAGAAGCCAUGUCUGCCGAUAGCAGUGAUGCGGCGGCUCCUCCUGCCCCGGCCCCAGAAUCAGACUGCCACGUAGGACAGAGCUCUGAGGGACUUGUGGUUUUUAUCCCAGAGACAAGCUCCAGUACAGAUGUGCGAAGAGUUCAUCUCCCAGACUCCUCUUCUGUCGCCCAGUCAACCAGUGUGUCCAGCGUCUCCACGGUGACACAGUCGGUCCUGGUGUCAGAGUCUGUCCAGGUCCUGGUCCACUCCAGUGCUGUUUCUGAAGGAGGAAUGAUGGUUUCUGAUUCCACUGCUUCCACAUCCUCAGAUCUCGGCUCAGCUAUUGACAAGAUCAUUGAAUCCACCAUUGGACCUGACAUCAUGAAUGGAUGUAUUGCGGUUACGAGCGCAGAGGAUGGCAGUGCAGAGACCACACAGUAUCUGAUACUCCAAGGUCCUGAUGACGGAGCUCCUAUGGUGGCUCAGAUGUCUUCCUCUGCACUGUCAAGCCGCAUUGCCAUUGAAGCACUUGCUGAUGGACCCACCUCCACUUGUCUGGACCAGGCAGACCUGUCAGAUAACCCGCAGGGCAGUGUGGAACCCGACCAGCCUGGACACUCCGGAUACCGUGAGCACGACGAUGGCAGCAGCAGCUGCAGUCGCCCAGACCAGCCGCAGCAUUCCCAGUACAUAGAGUGGAGUGGAGGAGAAGACCCAGACCAGACCAGAGAGGCUCGGUACAUCGAGUGCUCGGGAGCUGAACCAGACCAGACCCCACGUCAUUCAGGGGUCACCAACUACAAUGUGGCAGACUCAGAAGAACCUCUAGGGCGUUAUGCAGCAGAGUGUAGCGGUACGAACGGUAGCCCUCAGAGGCGCUCGUUUCGCUCCUCCCGGUACAUCGUAGAGUGCAGUGAUGACUACUUGGAGUACAGUGCUGAGGGUGCGGAGCGGCCGCAGCAUUCACGUUAUAUCGACAGCAGCGUGGAUGACAGGGAGCACGUCUCCGCAUCAGAGCAGGAAGGAAGUGCGGUAGAUGAGCCCCAGCACUCCUAUUUGCCACAGGGCAUGCUAUAUGCCGACGAGGGUGCCGUUCGGCACUCACUGGCUGACACAGUGGGAUCCCAGCUCACUAAUCAAAUGGACUGCAAUGAUAACUUGUCCGGCCCAUACAUAAGUAGCAGUGGGACAUAUUCCACCCAUCCAGAGCCUGAAGUGGAGGAGUCUGGGGUGGUGGUUGAGUCUGGGCACACAACCCCAGACAUGGCUGAGCUAGAGGAAAUGAUGGAGGUGGUGAUCGUACAGCAAUUUAAGUGUAAGAUGUGCCCAUAUAAAAGUGUCUCCAAGGAUACGCUCAUCAACCACAUGAGAGACAAACACUUUAAACCACCAGGUAAAUUAGGAGGUAAUGUGCUAUCUCAUGUAGGUGGUCCGGGCCAAAAGAAACGUGGACGGGGACGUCCUCGAAAAUCUGAAAGCAGAGCGCGAGCGGUCGCUGAGGUCAAGAAGGAGGAGCCUCCUGAAGAGGAAGAAGAUGACAUCAUUGAUGCAGGCGCUCUUGAUGAUCAAGGUGUGGAGAGCAGUUUGCGUACUCUAUUUAUGUCCAGAUUGGCUUCCAGUCACUGCACUCCUCCUCCUUCCUGCUCUUCAUCAUCUUCCUCACGGAAACGGCCCCGCAGGAUAGUUGGGCCACCCCGCAAAUUCCUUCCUGACUCAGAGUCACCAGCGGCGUCUCAAACAAACAAUGCAGGGGACCCUCAAGCUCCUGAAGAAGCAAGUUCCUCUGGAUUGGAGAAUGGAUCUUCCUCACUAUCCAAUGGGUCAGCAGUGGAACCAGCCGUCAGCCAGUCAGAUUCAGAAAACAAAGAUCCCUCAUCAAACACAGGCCCUGAUGACCUGGAGUUUUUGCCUAAAAAACGAGGCCGGCCGUCUAAGCGAUUCCUUCAAAAGAAGUACAAAAAGUACAUGAAUCGCAGCAAGUACUACAGAUCCCUCAAGCCUCUGCUAAGGCCUCAUAACUGCUGGAUCUGUGGUUCUCGCUUUCUGUCACAAGAGGAUCUCAGAUUCCAUGUGGAUUCUCAUGAGGGAAAUGACCCUGAACACUUUAAGUGCCUGCAGUGCAGCUACCGCUGCAAACGGUGGUCCUCACUGAAGGAGCACAUGUUCAAUCAUGAAGGUACAAAACCAUACAAAUGUGAGGUGUGUGAUUACUCCAGUGUUUAUAAGAAAGACGUGAUCCGCCACUCAGCUGUCCACAACAAAAGCAAGAGUCGGAAGACAGAUAUGUCUUGCGUCAAACCUUCACAGGUUCCCAAAGUGUCCGAGUUUCCAUGCCCCAUCUGCUGUCGCGUGUAUCCCAUGCAGAAACGCCUGACGCAGCACAUGAAGACACACAGCACAGAGAAACCUCACAUGUGUGACAAGUGUGGGAAAUCCUUCAAGAAGCGCUACACUUUCAAAAUGCAUCUUCUCACACACAUACAGAACUGUGGCAACAGCAUGUUUAAGUGUGAGUUCUGUGAAUACACCUGCAAUGACAAAAAGCACCUGCUUAAUCACCAGCUGUCCCACACCAACGACAAACCGUUCAAAUGCGAAGAGUGCAAAUACUCCACAAGUAAAGAGGAUUUCCUAGUGUCCCACAUUGCCAUUAAACACACUGGUGAAAAGCCCUUCUCAUGCGACAUGUGCCACUUCACGACCAGACACAGGAAGAACCUGCGGCUGCAUGUGCAGUGUCGCCAUCCCGAGGCCUUCGAUGAGUGGAGCCAAUCCCACCCAGAGGAGCCAAUUCGCCAGCGCCAGACACCUGUUUUCAGUAUGCAGCAGAUUGAGGAGCUGAGAUUGCAGCAUGAAACCCAGGGAUUUCAAGGGACAAUUGUAGCAGUGGACCCCAUUACUUUCCAAACCAUGGAGUCCUUAGGGAACACAUCUGUAUCUCAAGAUGCACUGGGGAACACUACCAUCAUUUACGAGCAAGCCCAGACUACAGACCUCUCAGCCCAGAAUGCUCUCGAUCUGCUGCUAAACAUGAGUAACGCCAGAGAACUGCAGGUGGCAGUGUUGAAACCAGAUGGUAAGACCCUGGAGAUGGGUUCUUGGACCGGAGCUGGCUCUGGGAGUGAGGGCUCAUCCUUGCAGCCUCAAAAGAUCGUCACAUUCCAUGUGUCAGAGAAUGGGGACACUCUGGUGCAGGAGGCAUUUGAGACAGCUACAGGGACCGUGGAGCAAGAGGAGACAACGGGUGUGUCGCAGGAGGUGACACAGAUUGGUAUUGGUACAUAUGAGGGAGCAGAUUUCAGUGUGGUGGAGCAGGCCUCUGAAGAAACGACACACAGCAGUUUAGAGGAACCCUCAGCAGAGCCUCCGGUCAUGGAAGUGAGCACCGAGCCCUUGUCCAUCUCUACACCGCUCAAAGAGAAUAAAGAUAAGUUUUAUUUGAGCUCAGGCUUGACAGAUGGAGUCCUGCAGCAGGUAGAGCUGAGCAGUGAAGCUCCAGGUUCCCCUUCCCUGUGUCCAUCACCCCCUUCUCAACAGCUCAACACCAAACGCUUCUCCUGCCGCAUCUGCAUGGAGGCUUUCCACGGCCGCUCGGACAUGGAGAACCACAAGAGGGCGCACAUAGACCCCAAAACAUUCAAAUGCCCUGACUGUGACUUUACAGCACCUUCUUGGCCAGAAGUCAAGUCUCACAUGGCCAUGCACGCAUAUUUGAGGCCUCAUAAAUGCAACAGCUGCAGUUUUGCUUCUAAAAACAAGAAAGACCUGAGACGCCACAUGAUGACACACACCAACGAAAAGCCUUACGCCUGUCAGGUCUGUGGCCAAAGGUUUAACCGUAAUGGCCAUCUGAAGUUCCACAUGGAGAGGCUUCACACACAGGAACCCUCACCCCGUAAACCCCGCUCUGUCCCCUCUCAGCAGACCAUCAUCGUCAAUAGCGAUGAAGAAGCUUUAGCCACACUGCAGAAUCUGCAGGCCGGUCAGGCAGUCAUAAGUCCGGAGAGGUUGCAGCAGGCUUUGGGUCAGGAACACAUCAUUGUGGCUCAGGAUCAGACUCUUUCUGACGAGGAGGAAGCAACAUAUAUUCAGCAGAUCACAACAGUAGAUGGACAGACGGUACAGCACUUAAUGACUGGAGACAAUCAGGUCACUGAGGUCCAGUAUAUCAUCUCUCAGGAUGGAGUUCAGCACCUGCUCCCACGGGAAUAUGUGGUGGUAUCUGAAGGAAACCACAUUCAGAUGGAGGAUGGGCGGAUUGCUCACAUUCAGUACGAGCAUGAUGGAACGUUUCUGCAAGAACAACAGAUUGCCCUGUCUCAGGAUGGACAGAUCCAGUACGUCCCCAUCACUGCCGAGCAGCAGGUUGUCGCCCCUGAGGACCUGGAGGCAGCUGCCCAUUCCGCUGUCACUGCUGUUGCAGAUGCAGCCAUGGCUCAGGCUCAGACGGUUUACACAGAGGCCACACCUGAACAACUGGAGCAGCUGCAGCAGCAGGGCAUCCAGUAUGACGUCAUCACUUUUACUGAGGAGUAGAAACAAGACACAAACACAAACACAAACACACAGACAGGUUUAUCUGAGGCUCGUCUCAGCUUCAGAUGACUGCAGUGGAUACUA